AUGUUCUUGUCCAACCUUGUCCAGAAGGCGCAACAACUCAUUGAUCCCGCGACACUCCCCGGACCACUCGCCAACCUAACCACUCCCUCCUCCCGCCCCUCCAAAGCGCAACUCUUCCGUCACCAGUUCCGACUCCCCGACACGCAGAACCCACUCUACGAAAUCACCGCCGAGCUCACCCUCCCCGAAUCAAAGUCGCCCCGACGCUUCCACACCUCCCAAGGCCAAACGAAAAGCUGGGAUAAGUCGAACUGGGAUCGCGGACCAGGUAUCCACUACGUGGGCCAGCUGCACCUGAGCGAGCAGUUUCUCUGCUUCAGUACUGUUCACUCUUCCUUCGUCUCUACGGCCUCCACCUCGGCAUCAAGCGCCUACACGGGAAGGACGAAUGGCACGGGACCGGCGGGGAAUGGCUUCACACUACCGCUCUGCGCCGUGAGGAGGGUGGAGAGACUGCAUACGCCCAGCCAUGAGUUCGCGCUGAGUAUCACGACGUGGAAUGGGUAUGAGCCGAGGUCGGAUAGUAAACCGGAUGCUUCUCCUGCACCACCGAAACUGAUCGUGCAGUUGGAGGGCUCACGACAGCAGUGUGAUCGCUUCUGCGAUGGGCUGAAGAAGGGUCUCCGGCAGGGUAUACGAGAGGUGGAGGGCAUGCGCACGGUGACCGCAGAUUGCUAUAGCGAGUACUUCCUCGCUACGGACUUUGAUCGGCCGGCGGCGGAUAGUACGAUUGAGAAGGAGAAAGAACCGCCUGAUACAGGGUUGGGCAGCAUAUUCCGGUAUCCGGGUAACAGUAGGAAGCUGCGGGAUCGCAGUAAGAUGCGGUUAUGGCAUGAGUAUCUGCGGGAGAAUGGACGGAAUUGCACGCUGGUGCGACAACCCGACUUUCAUCGGCUGGUUCGAGUCGGACUGCCGAACUUGUUGCGCGGCGAGAUGUGGGAGUUGACAUCGGGGGGUUUCUACUUACGUCUGCAGAAGCCGAAGCAGUAUCAGGAGACACUUGCCAAAUUCGAGGGCGAAGGCAGUCUAGCGAUCGACGAGAUUGAGAAAGACCUCAAUCGCAGUCUGCCGGAGUAUGCUGGAUUUCAGUCAGAGGAGGGUAUUGGCCGCCUACGCAGAGUCCUGACCGCCUACUCCUGGACCAACCCGGAAGUCGGCUACUGCCAAGCGAUGAACAUCGUCGUCGCGGCCUUACUCAUCUACGUCUCCGAGAAGCAGGCCUUCUAUCUCCUCUCCACCCUCUGCGACCGCCUGUUACCGGGCUACUAUAGCCAAACCAUGUACGGCACCCUGCUGGAUCAACGCGUCUUCGAAAGCCUGGUAGAAAAGACGAUGCCCAUCAUCUGGGACCACUUGCAGAAGAACGACGUCCAGCUCUCCGUCGUCAGUCUGCCUUGGUUCCUCAGCUUGUACAUCAACAGUAUGCCCCUCAUCUUUGCGUUCCGGGUGUUAGACGUGUUCUUCCUCGAAGGUCCGAAAGUGCUAUUUCAAGUCGGCCUCGCCAUCCUCCGCGUAAACGGCGAAGAACUCCUCGACGCCACAGACGACGGGACAUUCAUCUCAGUCCUGAAAUCGUACUUUGCCCGUCUAGGCGAGUCCGCACACCCUAAAUCCGAGAACCCGAAACACAGAGCCAUCACCAACUUCCAAGCGCUCAUGGUCGUGGCGUUCAAGGAGUUCGACGGCAUCACGCAACAUACCAUCUCGGAACAACGGUCCAAGCAUAAAGCGGCGGUGAUGGAGAACAUCGAGUCCUUUGCCAAGCGAACCUCCAUCCGCAACCUCGGCCCGGAGAGCAAGAAAUUAAGCCAGAAUGAUCUAGGAUUCUUAUACGACCGCUUCUACGCUGUGCUGUACGAACGUUCGCAGCGAGCGCAAAUAUUACAAGUGGAGGCGGAGCGGAAAGCGAAGGCUUCACGCGCGGCACGAGGGCCGGACGAGAUCGUCGCCGCGGCGCCGGAAAUGGGUCGCGUGGCGCUGGGCGGAGCGGCGAACGGUACAGCGAUGGAGUAUGACGCUUUUCGGGAAUUCCUCGCGGGGGUCGCCAAGUGGGCUGUGACGGAUAGCCCGAGUAGUCCUGUCCGCGGUGGUGACGAAGCUGAAAAGCAAAGGGGAAAUGGAGGGUACUUUGGCUCGGUGAGGAGUCGUAGCCUACCGAGUACCAUCAAUCCGUGGGGCAGUGGCCCGGAGCCGGCGGACCACGAUUUCAUGCAACGGUUGUUUGCCAAGUGGGAUUCUGAUCACAUGGGGGCGCUGACGCUGCAGAAUGUCGUUUACGGAUUUGCGGCGGUGAAGGGCAAUCGGGAUAUUAUGAGUUCUAUCAGCUACUUCUUCUCGCUUUACUCGGACUCGGAUGGGGAUGGCGGGAAGGUGGAUCGGGAGGGGAUUCUGCGGAUCUCGGAGGCGCUGUUGUUUCUGAGUCGGAGGGGUGUACCUGGUGGGCCACCGCCGAGUCCGGUUGUGAAUGGGGAGGGGGAGGCGAAGGUGCAGAGUAAAGACGAGCAGUUCUUAGGAGCGGUCUCGGCGUUUAUAAGACGGUGUUUCGAGUAUGCUGAUCCGGACCAUGCAGCUAAUCAGGCGGCGAGUGGCGUUUCGCUGCUGGACGUCAGUGACGACAAUGACGGCGACGACGACGCUAGCUCAAAGCCGGCCAGCGAGGACUCCAUACUAGCAAGGCCGUCAACGAACACCUUCGGCCAAACAUCCGCAUCCCGCCACGUCUCCGCCAACGCCGCCCUCGACCCCGGCAGCCCCGUCCACAUCACCCUCCCCACUUUCCGCAUGCUCGUGCUCGCCGACGAAACGCUCGAGGCUUUCUUCGACAGCGGGUUCGCGAAUAGCUUUAACCUCGUUGACGCGCCGGUGCCGUCGUCUACUAUUACUUCGUCCUCGCCCUUCUUGGGCGGGAACGCUUUCUCAGGCGGAGGGUUCAGUGGAUCGUCCGGUGUGAGUGCUGCGCAGCCGGCUAUCUCCCCCGGUGGAGCGGGAGCGGGCGUCGUGGGACCCGGGAAGGGGUUGAGAGGGAUGCUCGAUAACAUUGUCACGGACGGGAUGAGAGUUGCCGCCGAGGUGCGGAGACGCAUGGACGAGGCGCAGAAGGAAUUGGAUCGAGGUGGUGGUGGUGGGGUUGGUGGGGAGGAAGAUGAAGGCGAAGAGCAUGCUGGUGAUUUGCUCGAGGGUGCCGAGGCGAUGGAGUCGCGGAGUGCUAAGUCCGUUGAGGGCGUCAUUGAGCCAGUGGCGGGCAGUGCGAGUGCAAGUGUGUUGGAGGAGGCGAGGGAUGGGAAGGGGAGUACCAUGUUUGAGCGAUAG